UUAAAUGGAAAUCCAGCAACUCUUCCUUUCUACUCUCCAGUACUACAGACGCAGCAAGCAUGGGGCCAGCAGUUCUUGGCUUGCUUUUGGGAUGCCUGGCAAUCACCAGCGCACAAGUGCCAGAAGGAGAGUACGCAGUUCUCUGUCGGGAUAACUACGGUGGUACCUGGAUGUACGUGGCCCCUGGGUCGGGGUGCAAGAAGAUCAUCAGCUGCUACAACCAGGACUACCAUGGAACUCUCCAGUGCCCUGAGAAGACACUCUUCAACGAAAACUCUCAGAUGUGUGAAGACGAACAGGAUGUCUUCUGCCAGGAACCACUCAACACAAACCCAGACUGUGUGACUGGUGUGGAUCCCUACAACUGCUCGGCCUUCACGUACUGCCACCUUGGUACCCAGUACAACUUCAGCUGCAACCAAGACCUGUACUACUCUGAGAGCAAGCUCAUCUGCAUGUACCCCAAUGAUCUGAGUGAUGACGACAAAUACCUGUGCGGCGCCUAAACACACCUGUCUGUCCGGCCUAAACACACCUGUCCGACCGGUCUAAACACACCUGACCGCUCGGCGACAACGACAUCCAGGAUUCAACAUACAAAAUCUUUUCUCUGAAUUCCGAAUAAAGCUCAUCAGAUUA